CGAGGUUCGAGGUUCUCGGGCGUUUUCGCAGUUUCUGGGCGGUCUUCCGCCCUUGGGAUGCUCUCCAGCAGCUGCGCCUCGCCAAGGUCGUUCGAGGGGUGCCCAGAUCGUCCCGAACAGCCCCCCAAGGCCCAAGUUACGGCCCCUCCGUAGCCAUUUUGGCUCAAGUCGAUCGAUUUUGUGGGAAUUCUCAGUUCACAGAGUGCAAGGUGCAGACGUUGUGUGAGCGCCAUGGCCCGCGUGUCGUUCGCCAUGCUGUCGCUCGGGGCAGCGCUGGCCACUGAAGAGACCACGGCAAGCUUGAGGGGCUCUGCUGCGGCACGACGCCUGGGGAGCUGCACCGCGGACGCGAAGCCAUGCGCAGCCCCGCACUCCAACUCGGCUAUCUGGUGCUUCGAAGACCCGACCUGCCCAGGGCAAGGGUGCGUCGAGGAUUCCGGCUGCCGGUACUGCGAUGCCUCGGCGAUCGGCGGGCCUUCGUACGAUGCUGAGGCGUGCCCUUCGCCAGCCCCGUCUUCGGGCUGCACUGCGGACGCGAAGCCUUGCGCAGCCCCGCAUUCCAACUCGGCUGUCUGGUGCUUCGAAGACCCGACCUGCCCAGGGCAAGGGUGCGUCGAGGACUCGGGCUGCCGGUAUUGCGAUGCCUCGGCGAUCGGCGGGCCUUCAUACGAUGGUGAGGCGUGCCCAUCUAUCCAGUCUCUCGGUGCCGCACUGGCCGCCGACGAGGGCUGCGACGGGAUGACCUACACGAGAAACUACGCCGAGGGCACACCGCACGAGUGCAGGUGCGACAGCUACUGCGACGAUUUUUGCGACGAUGAGCCGAAUGGCUGCGCCAGGACGUGCAGGAUCUUGAACGGAGUUUUCGAGCACAUCCCGUCCGUACAUGCAGGCGACCGUACUUGCACUUGGUACGCGCACUACGUGACCAACCCGAUUAACUACGAUGGCUACGAUUGCUCGUGGAUGACUGGCACUGGCGAGGGCGGCCACGGAGACGAUUGCCAAGAUGGGACGUCCGUUGGCGCCUUGAAGUGCCGGGAGGGAAACCAGAACCAGAACAAUUGCCACUUCUAAUCACGGCGAGCGUUCCCGUGGAGAGGGUCUUCCCGAUUUUAGAACUCUUGUGGUGGGUGGGCGAAGGGGUUGCGAUGCCUUAUACCCAGCUUCUUCAGGCUCGGUCCACUGCCUCUUCCAGCCAAGAGCGUGCGGAAGAGAGUACAGCGUGCAUGCUUCGUAGAUGAUGGCGAUCCUAUCGCCACACGUUUGGACCUCUGUGGGGGCGUGGAGCACUCCGCAGACGCGCUGCUGACACAGAACAGGGCCCGAGGUACGGCCCUUCAAACUGAGGGGCAGCGCCACGGGGGGUGGUCAGGCUCAGGGGGAGGGGGGGCAGGUCCCCCCUGCACGUUGCCCCUCGGGCCGGCUGCCUCCCUGCCGCCUUCGGCGCCUGGAGGCCUGCGCAGCGGGCAUUCAGUCCAGUGGGGAAAAAACCUCCCAGACCCCGAGAAUCGGCGUUUGCUAAACGGCCUUGGGCGUUUACUAAGCAGCCCUGCCCUGUUUGAUUCUUUCUUUUGGGUGCGUUUACUCCACAGCUUCGCGUGUCCGGGCGUUUCUUAUCGGGGUGGAUGUUCUGCACUCUGUUCCCUGCCGCUUUCGGCGCCUGGAGGCCUGCGCAGCGGGCAGCCGGGGCCUGCAGGAGACUGAUCCCCACGGCUGCCGUCGUCGACUGCACGUACAUGACCCUUCGCUGGAGCGACCUUCGGUGCGGGCCGGCCGGGGGCUCCCCGAUCGCGGAGCGCGCGUGGCUUUG